GCGGACUGCUCGAGACGAGAAACUGGCGUAUAGUACUCCUGGUACCGAGCAUACCUAAUAAGGAAGGUCGGACAUAGAGAUCGAUAACAGGCUAAAGUUUCGACGCCGUCGCCACCGGGCUCGUCGUCGAGGCACUCGUGGACGGCGCUGACGCUGCUAGCUCGCCGUUGACCACGCUGGGAGCGACGACACACGGCGGACACUCGCGUUCGCUGGGCAGACUGGGAUUAAUAUAAGCGUGGGGAUCGCCGGGGGAGGUUAAAGGCAAAGCUGCCCACAGCCACCACCUCGCCUUCCUUGUUCUGAUCGUUGUCGACCGUCUGCGCCCACCGCUCCUUCCUCUCGCGCUCCUGCCCACCCUCGCGCCGUCUCUCGCCUCUGUCCAUGUCGGCGACGUCCCAGAGGCAGUACCAACCGUCGUCGUCCAGCCGCCACUCAAAGAUCACCGUCGAGUACCACCGCCCCAGCCGCGAGUCCAUCCAGGAGUACAACGAGCUCCUCGCAGAGGCCAACGUACACGCCGCAGCCGCCGCCAGCUACCAGGACCCCUACACUCCGUCUAGGCAGGCGCCCGCCCCUCCGUCGGCAUCCAAGAGCAGGGUCCGCAACUCGCUCCAGAAGCCACCCCCUCGCAAACACAGCCUGCCCUAUCCCAGCCUCCCCAAGACCGUUGACCGCGAUCCCUUCGCCUCUCACCGCACCAUCAGCAACGACAGCGCCUUCACUGCGACCAUGAACGGCAGUGCGCCCCCCGCUCGCCCAUCGCGCGCCAACACCGCCAACCUGAACGACAUCUUCCCCACCCAGCGCACCCUCGCCAGCCAGCGCAUCUCCGAUCCGAUAAGCCUCCCGCCGGACACCGUCUUCUACCUCGACGACCAGCAGCAGUCGCCGCAGCAGCUCUAUCCGGCCGCGCCGCCAGUCCCGCCGCCCCAGCCUGACACCUUCGACAUGGGAGGCAUGCAGGACUCGCUCGGCUACGGGGCCGCGAACAAUGCUCCUACCAUCCCGUCGACCACGCCGGGCACGCUGCGCGGGCGGAGCGGCACGACGUCGACCAAGUCGAAGAAGAGCGUCUUUGGGUUCGAUCUGCCGUUCCUGAACAACAACAAGCGGCCUGAGAUCAGCACACCCUACGACCCCGUCCACCUGACGCAUGUCGGCUUCAACUCGUCCACCGGUGAGUUCACCGGUCUGCCCAAGGAAUGGCAGCAGCUCUUGCAGGAGAGCGGCAUCUCCAAGCUCGAGCAGGAGAAGAAUCCGCAGGCGGUCAUGGAGAUCGUCAAAUUCUAUCAGGAGGGCCGUGGCGACACAUCUGUCUGGGACAAGAUGGGCGCAAUAGCGGCGCCCCCGCCCGCCUCGACGGCGUCGUCACAACCGAAGCAGUAUGGCGACGAAGGUUUCCAGAACCCCCGAGCUGCGCCCCCGCCUCCGAAGAAGACGCCCUCCGCGCCUCCGUCCGCGCAGAGCUCCCCCAACCCGCACCGCAUAGCACCUGCCCCACCCGCCCCAACGACCGCGCUCGACCGGUCCACCUCCCAGCGCCUCCCCCAGUCCAAGCCGCACAAGUCUGGCGGCGACCAGCUCUCGCGCUCGAACACAACGCGCGACCGGCGCUCGCCUGGGCCAGGCAACGGCCAGGCGCCUCCGCCCGUCGCCUUCCCGUCGCAGAAGGCCAACAAGUCCUCCCCGGGCACCUCGCAGACGGACCUCCGCCUCAAGCCCUCCGCGUCCAUGCGCGAGCGCGAGCGCGCCCACGACACCCGCGCAUCCGCGCAGCCGCCGCCGAGUGCGGCCACGGCGAGUCUGCAGAAGGUGGCGAACGGGCCUGGGGCGACGCCGCGCCGGAGGGAGAAGAAGGAGAAGGACAAGGCGAAGGACGAGGACAUCGUGAAGCGGCUGCAGGCGAUCUGCACAGACGCAGACCCUACGCGGCUCUACCGGAACCUCGUCAAGAUCGGUGCGGGCGCUUCGGGAGGCGUGUACACUGCCUAUCAAGUCGGCACGAACAUGUCGGUCGCUAUCAAGCAGAUGGACCUCGAGAAGCAGCCAAAGAAGGACCUCAUUAUCAACGAGAUCCUGGUCAUGCGCGCGUCGCGCCAUCCGAACAUCGUCAACUACAUCGACUCGUUCUUGUACAAGAACGAGCUGUGGGUUGUCAUGGAGUACAUGGAGGGUGGCUCGCUGACUGACGUGGUCACCGCUAACCUCAUGUCGGAGGGCCAGAUCGCUGCUGUCUCGAGGGAGACGGCGCAGGGUCUUGAGCACCUCCACCGGCAUGGUGUCAUUCACCGUGACAUCAAGAGUGAUAACGUCCUCUUGAGUAUGAACGGUGAUAUCAAGCUGACCGACUUCGGUUUCUGCGCACAAAUUUCUGACGGCAAUGCGAAGCGGACAACGAUGGUGGGCACGCCAUACUGGAUGGCACCUGAGGUCGUUACGCGGAAAGAGUAUGGUCCGAAGGUGGAUAUCUGGAGUUUGGGAAUCAUGGCAAUAGAAAUGAUUGAGGGCGAGCCACCAUACCUUAACCAAAAUCCCCUCAAGGCACUAUACCUCAUCGCGACCAAUGGCACGCCGGCCAUCGCCAACCCAGAGGCGCUCUCGCCCGUCUUCCGGGACUAUCUUGCGAAGACGUUGGAGGUCGAUGCGGAAAAGCGGCCGAACGCGACCGAGAUCCUUCAGCAUCCUUUCUUCAAGCUCUCCGAGCCGCUCAGGACGCUAGCACCUCUCAUCAAGGCCGCGCGGGAGAUUGCAAAGUCGAAAUGAAGGUUUCGUGUCUCUGUCGUCUUGAGAUUCCAUUGUUACCAUGUCAUGUCAUGCAUCGAUCUACGCUCACUCUCCUCUGGAUCUCACUUCACUCGUCGCCUCUCGUUUUGCAGUGAGUCGUGUAUUGUUCUACGUGGGGAUGUCGCGGGUCAGGCGAGGAAGAAGGAACGGUCUGUCAGCCGCAUGACCCUUGACGGCCCUGCGUCAUGGGCCAUGGCAUGGCUUGUAUUCAUACAUGAUACACACCUGUGCGUGGUUAUACCCGUGAUCAGUAAUCUUCGGUCGCCCUGUUCGGCGUGAUUGGGACGGUUGCUUUCACAUAGAAGAAAAGUGUAUAGCAAGUGCAUACUGCGUACUGCUCAGGAUUUGUCCAUAAGUUAUGGAGUUACUUCUCAUAA